AUGUCGAGCAAAAUUUUAGCAUGUGAUUUUGAAGUUUUCGGUGUUGUUCAAGGGGUAUUUUUUCGCAAGUACACUCAAAAGCAGGCAAAUAGCCUAGGAAUACGCGGAUGGUGCAUGAACACUCAUGGUGGCACAGUAAAAGGACAGCUCGAGGGCGAAGAAAAGCCGUUCAAUGAAAUGAAACAUUGGCUUCAAACGAAGGGAAGUCCUUCAAGCCGUAUUGAAAAAGCGGUGUUUAAUGUACCAAAGGAACUUUCAAGCUACUCAUUUAAAGAUUUUUCAAUCCGUCGCUAAUCAUUCAAUAUAAUUAAUUAAUUCAAUCAAAAGUAUAAUGACUUAUAUGAGUAUAUAUUUGCUGAAAGCAAAUAGUAAGACACAAAGCACAAAAUAUGG